AUGAGUAAGGACCUUCUUGCCUGGUGUGAGGAUUUAUAUCCUCUCAAGGGCAAUGUUUCACAACUUCAGGCCACACUUGGACUGAUUCUUGCUCGGGCCCCAACUGUAGAAGAGUAUAACCAGCUUCAAGCGGCACUUGACGAGCCAUUGGACCACGACCACAGGCCCAUGGAGUCUCGCUUGCGAACACUUAUUACCCUGCCGCAACUCAAAGUAGCAGUCAGGCUCCGCACAUUGUAUGCCAACGGCAAUUUACCGUUCUUAUUGAUGCUACUGAAAAUCAAUUUUAAGGCACCAAAAGCCGACAGGUUUGUGGGAUAUUUGCUUGAUUAUGUUCCGAAAUCGACAGUCGAGGGGUUGCCGGAUGCGGUGAAGAAGGGUGUCUUGAAGAAAAAGGUAAAGAGUGUUGCAAAAUUCAUUGCAACCUAUCCUCCAACACUUCCAGUGAUCAUGAAUACUAAUCUCAGAAAACGAGUGUUUACUCACAAAUCCUACCGUCAAAUUUCCGACUUUUUAGAGGCCGAUAGUGCUGAAGAGUUUGCCCAAGCACAUAAUGAAAAGCUCGUGCUUCAUGGACGAAGUUUGUUGAAUGUCGCCCUUUUACAUUUGUUGGACAAGAAGUUCCCUAAAGCACAGGCUGAGGACAUUGAGCUGAUGAAGGUAAGGCUCUCUUCGUCUGUGGUUUUGACCAAAAUGGCCAUGGGGUACAACUUGUCACAGCAUUUGAAGCAUAAUAUCUCGAAAGAGCUCAGUAACGAGGGAAAGGUGUUAGUGUUGCUGACAGUAUUUUUAGCAUACUUGGGAGCCCUUUUCUCGGAGGGCUACUCUAUGGACGAAAUUUGUCUCUGGAUCGAAAAACUUUACGACCCAAUUGUCGCUGAAUUUGAUUCGGAGCAUAUGCAUUCGGCCAGACCACUUGCAUAUUCAGAACUCAAGUUUCUCCUCGAUCCUCAUCUCAAGUUCAAGCAGAGUGGUCACGACCCUUUUACAUUCAAAGCGUAUUACAGAGACACCGUGAUUGGAAUUGGAUCUCACUCGGACAAAAUGAUGGCGAGGAUUGUGACGCUGGAAAAUGCGCUUGCCGAUAAGGCACUUCUUGACGCCCUUUUGGAGCCUGAGCUAGAGUGCAAACCUAGCGAUGAAAAGCAUCACAAGGAGCAAAAGGAACCAACUUCUCCAGAACAGGAGCCGCCAUACUCGCCGCUGCUUGAGCCCGAAACCAUGGAAAGUGUUCUUAAUAUUCCGGCGAUAGAUCAAGCACCAAGAUUGCAGUCAAAGCCGCAAUCGCCUCAUUCACACGCUGUGCCGGAGGUGAACGCUGCGCUGAAUCUAACGCGGCGUCAGGAUGCUUAUGAAUCGCAGCCACUUAAUCCAAUGAAUCUGCUGGUUAAUUCUCAGGUCAAUUCUUUGGUCAAUUCCUUGGCUUAUUCACAAGCCAGUCCGCAUUUCCAGGCUGGUCAGACACAACUGCAAGGACUUUUUCAUCAAGGACAUCCUACGAUUCCAUCGUCGCUUCCAGCCAUUCCUCUGGUUGCACCCAAUUCUUAUCGGUCUCCCACUAUCCCCAAUCAACCAUUAUCCUUGCCAGGGGUUCCCAACAUGACACCAAACCAAUCCGGACAGGAAGCUCAAAACUCAGACUUGGUUUUAAAGAACAGUCUUCAAACAACUCUAGCUGCAAAUAAUCUCACACCGGAAUAUAACUACGAAGAAAUUGGGUCACAGUUCAAAGUUACCAUUACGGUGAACGGUAUAGUUCUAGCACAGUGCCAAGACUCCAACAAAUCCAGAGCGACAAGAAGAGCAAUACGGGGUGCGUUGAAUGCAUUGAAUCAAGUGACAUCAAAUACCUAA